AUGCAGCAGGAUGUGCUUAAGUACGUGCAUGGGCUGGCCCAGGGCGAACAGCGCGCGCGCAGACAUCUUGAUGCGCCUGCUACGCAAGUGGCCGUGCGGGAGUUGCAGCGAGGUCGAUCCCUGUGCGGCACGGGGGCGAACUCACUGGCGCCCUUCCAGCAAGGCCGACUGUCGCUGCCAGAGUCGGUGGAGAGCCCCCUCCACAUUGGCGAUGUCCGCGGCAGGCGCGGCCGCGACUUCCUGGAGCGGGAGGGCGAGCGCAUGCUUAAGCCCGUUGUCGAGGUCAUGGCCGAUCUCGAGCGCGACGGCACUCGUCGCUACUGCGACCCCGCCUUGGUGACGCACAGGACAGCGCACGUGACUUUUUUUUUGAAGGGCCUGGUGCGCCUCGGGCUGCUCGAUUUCACGCUCGAGCCGCGCGAGGACGUCGGCAUCUUCUGCGCGUGGAAGACAGGCCGUGAACGACAGCGGCUUACUCUUGAUGCGAGGCGAUCCAAUCAGCGGUUCAGGCGGCCACCCAGCGUGGACCUGAUCUCCGCGGAGGGCCUCAGCAGCAUCGAGUUCGAUGUGGGCCGAGGCGAGGAGCCCGACGACGAGCUGGCGACGUCCUUGGCUGAGCGGCUCUCGGUGACGGCAGGCGUCGCCGACGUGACGGAUGCUUUCCACAGGCUGAGGAUGCCGCUCUUCUUUCGGCGCUGCAUCUGCUUCCCCGCGGUGCGCAGCGGCGCGGUCGGCCUGGCUGGCCAGGCCGUGGAGGGCGUCGUGCUGACGGGCAACGAGCAGGUCUGGCCUUGUCCCGUCGCCUCCCCCAUGGGCUUCUCCUGGGGCCUCUUCUCUUGUCAGGCGUCAGGGGAGGAGCUGGCCUGCGCUGUGCCGCCGCUAAGCUCCGACAGCCCCCUGCGGGGCCGCGGGCGGCCGCUGGCGCUGGGAUGCGAGCGCGGGGAGGCUCUUCGCCACUACAUCUACGUGGACAACAUGGGGAUCGUGGGGGCGGAGUCGGAGCGCGCCAGGUCGGCGCUUGACGAAGUGACCGAGGCCUCCGCGGAGAAGGGGCUGUUGGUGCACGGGCAGGCCGCGACGCCAGGCGCGCCCGAAGUGCUGGGCGUCGAGAUCGACGGGCAGCUGCUGCAGAGCCGAGCCUCGGGAAAGCGGCGGCUGCGGGCGCGGCAAGCCAUUGCAGGGCUGCUGCAGCGCGGCCGGUGUUCGGAGAGCGCUCUGGAGGUCGUUCUGGGCCAUGUGACGUUCUUGGCGAUGGCUCGGCGCCCCGUUCUCUCCUUCCUGCACUCUUGCCAUGCUUUCGCGCAGAAAAACUACCUUGUCAGUGCUCGAUUGUGCCCCAGCGUGGUCGAGGAGCUCCAGGUAUUUGCCGGCUUAAUAGUCUUCUUGUGCAGCGACUGGGACGUGGACCCCGAGUUUUUGGAGGUGCCCAGGGUCGGCUGGGCAACAGAGGCCGCGCGGGCUUUGCCGGCAGUGUGGGAGACGUUCGCGGGGCACGGGCAGACGCUCCGCGCCGCCCGAGCCGCCGGGCGGUCGCGCUUGGGCGCUGCAGCGCCCAGCAGCUCGAGCAGCACUGGCACCGCAUCCGAGGGCGCCGCGCCGCCGGCAGGAGGCCGCGAGAGGGUGCUCUGGAGGCGCCGCAAGCGGCGGGCGCUGGCACACGUGGAGGAGGCCUGGGACAUGCCGAGCGCAGGCGCGAGUCUCCUCGAGCAGAAGGCGGCGCAGCACCAGGCCCGCAAGCAGUGCCAGGCCGAACUGGAUCGCUGGCGGGAGCUUGCAAAUCACGGAGACCUCAAGCUCGUGAGCGACGAGAGUGCGGACGGGAUGCUGGCGCGCUACUUCGAGCGGGACUUCUUCCCGGGGGAACAGGCUCAUCGUGGGGCCAAGUUGCUCGCCGCACUGAUGCAUGCGGAGCUGGGCUUUGGCUGGUGCGGCAGCCGCCGUGUGCCAGGGGCUUGGCGCGCCCUGAAGGGGUUGCGGCGGCUGGCGCCAGGGCGGUCACGCCGGCCGGAGCCGCUCUGUCUGUGGGCGGGGAGGGCCAACGAGAUGGCUUCACGAGGCGAGCCCCGGAUGGCGUUGUUCGUCCUGGUCUCAGUGAGCACCUACCUGAGGCCGAGCAGUCUGCUGGCCCUGAGACCAGAGAGCUUCUUGGCGCCGAAGCGGCCGGACGGCCACUGGAGCCUGCUGGCGCACCCCGCGGAGCGCGGGGUGCCCGACCAGAUCGGAGGGCUCGACCACUCGAUGCUGCUGGACAGCAGGUGGCUCCAGUUCAUAUCCCCUCUCCUGAGUACCUUGUCAAAGCAGGCGGAGGGGAAGGAGGCCUGGGGAUUCGCGUAUUACGACUAUCUGAGGGUGUUCACGGAGUGUGCGAAGUCCUUGG